GCGGCAGCCAAUGUUGAACGCACCUACUGCUCGUUUCAUACUAGCGUGACAGACGAAGCUUCGACGGUGAUCACUUGUUUUUUGGCCAUUCGAAGCCACGCUCAACACGUAUAGGUAGGUACCCAUUGCUUCGAAAGGUCGAUACCUCUUCGUGACCACGGUUUCGAGCGUAGGUACAGCAUCCUAUUCAGUACAUGACAGUCAAGUGUGUGAAAAUAUAAAAUGGACAAGCAAAUCAGAGUGCCUGCCAUGUCCAAAAUGGAGGAUGCAAGGAAUGUUAAGGACGAAGAUAAACUUUACAAGUUUGAAGGAAUCCUCUACUCUUCCAUCAUGAGUCCCCCAGACAAUCUCGAAGCGUUGAAGAACAUGGAGGCCAGACCAGAGGACUCUCUGUUGGUAGCUUAUCCUAAAUGUGGGUUCAAUUGGAUGAUUAUUGUGAUCUUCAAAAUCAUGGCUGCAACUACUGGGCCAAAAGAAAUGCCUGCUGUGCCGCAGAUGCUUGAAUUCUUUUCACCUGAAAUACAACAGAUGGUUAAAGAGAAGCCCUCCCCUCGGUUAUUGGGCACACACAUGCACCCAGAUAAUAUACCCAAAUCUUUUACAGAAAAGAAAACAAAGAUGCUGGUUGUGUUUCGAAACCCAAAAGAUACGGUUGUGUCCUACUACCACUUCAUGAACAACAACCCUGUUCUGCCAAAUGCCAAAUCCUGGGACGCCUUUUUCACAGACUUCAUGAAAGGAGAAGUGGCUUGGGGCUCUUACUUUGACCAUGCCCUGGCUUGGGAGAAACGCAUGGAUGAUCCAAAUGUGAUGAUUUUGACUUACGAGCAACUGAAGGAGAAUCUUGUGGAAGGGAUACAGAUGGUAUCAAAGUUCUUUGGCUUUCCUUUGACCGAUGAGCAAGUCCAGACCAUUGCAAGCGAGAGCACCUUUACAGCCAUGAAGGAGAGCUCCAAGAACACUCAUGGUGGACAUGGCAGCGUGUUUUUCCGCAAAGGUGAAGUUGAAGACUGGAAAAACCAUUUCAGUGAGGCCCAAAGCAAGCAGAUGGAUGAUGAGUUUCAGAGGCACUUGGCUGGUACUAAACUGGGGGACAAAUUAAAAUAUGAUGUUUACUGCAAGUAAAUUAUCCUGGGAACUCCAUAACCCACUUAGCAUAGUAAUAUAUUUUUUUACAGUUGUGUCAAUUGUUAUUCAUGUCAUUGUUAGAUUUUUUGAUUAUAUAGAAUGCAUGUUCAAGUCCAAGUCUUUUAUUUGUCAGAUGCACAGAAC